AGAAAUGUGGUUGUCGCCACAAUGGAAUUUCUGUGCGUUUUGUCAGCAAUCUUUGCGUAUUUCAUUCAUCAAGCAUUUGGAUUCUGUGAGAGGCCCACGGACCUUAUACAUGGCUCUGGCAGGAGUGUUUUCAAUAAUAAAUGGAUAUUUGAAUGUGAUCAAGGUUAUGCAAUUCAAGGAAGAUCAGAGGUUACUUGUAUUAAUGGUUUACUGAGAGGAGAACGACCAUUCUGUGCCAAACCUGGUUGUAAAGAACUUGAAAAUCCCAAAAAUGGAAAACUUAUCAACCCGGAAGGAUUAAAGGCAGAGAUCAAGUGCAACAACGACUACGUUUUGGUUGGUAAUAAAUUCACUUAUUGCGAUGGCAACGACUGGCAGAUCCGUUUGGGAACUUGCCAAGGUACUCAGAACUAUUCCUGCGAUUUCGAGAGAGAAGAUCUCUGCGGUUGGACUUUUCCCCAUAGUAAACCGCAACCUUGGAGCCGUAUCAGCACAUUGUUCAAUUUCCAUUCCACCAAGACGGGUUCUCAGCGAGAUCACACCUUUCAGAACAAUGGGGAAGGACACUUUAUUCGAAUGGAAACAGAGAGCGGAGCUAUGGGAAAUUAUCACUUUGAGUCUCCAGUUUUUCCGCAGCAUCUGAGCUUGGGGAAUACCACAUGUUUUCAGUUUCACUUUUUCAUGUUUGGCGAUGGAGUAGGAAGUCUGUUUGUUUCGGUGAAACCAGCGUCCAUGUCCGUUGUUGAAAUGUGGGAAAAGUUUCAGAACAACUUCACCCAAUUCCAAAAGUGUGGAAAUUUGGGCAACAAAUGGUAUGAACAUUCCAUUCCCAUUGCUGAAAUGGAUGAGGAUUUCCAGGUCGUAUUCACAGUCACGGAUGCUCAGUCUCGUUUUGGUGACAUUGCCAUCGAUGAUGUCAGGUUUCUGAUGACGGACGAAGAAUGUAAAGAAGCCUUUGUCGUAAAAGAUCCUUGCCUCCCCAAACCUACUAUUAAUAGUGGAACAAUAAACAUAAUUAAGUUGCACAUUUCUAAUUUAGCUUUCAUUAGUUUAGCAGUAUUUAUAAUGUGGCUUUAAGAUUAUAAAUCAAUGAAGAAUUUAAGCAUAUUAGCUAAAUAAGCCUAAAAGAUAA